UUGAGUUUCUGGUGCGAUGGAGCCGACAGAACUGUGGGAGGAUGCGGCGACGCAGGCGAAGCGCAAGCAGCGCAAGGUCGCGUGGAAGGACUCGUACAUGCGCAUCUACGGCAUGGCGCCGACGCAGCGGCAGCAAGACGAGACCGGCGCGACGAUCGUCACGGAGGUCCAAUGUCUCUUCUGUGCCAGUUUUGGCCGCGAGCAGCAGCCGCCAGCCGGCGACGCCGCACCCGCCGACGAGGUCGCGAACGAAGACGCGCGCAAGCGAGCGCGCAAGAAGUCAUCCAACGUCAAGUACUUUGUCACGUUCCGCGUCGACCAGUUCACACAGCACCUCGCGCGCGAGCACCCGGCCAAGUGGGCCGCGUACCAGGAGAUCCGCAACAACCCGGACGCUGCCGCCGCCUUCUUUCCAGAGCCGGCGGCGCCAACCUCCGUGUACGACGAGUCGUUCUUCUUCAAGGACAUGGCGCCGAUCACGUACGAAGCGACGGACGGCGACGUGCUCUCGUUCCGCGAGUACUGCGCCGACGAGUUCAUCCUCGGCAAGCCCAUGCACGAGUGGUGUCGCUUCGCCAUGUGCUUUUGGCAUGGUUUUCGCACCAGUGAGAGCGACGCGACCAUUCGCCGUCCGUGGAACGUCCUCGAGGACAUGCUGCUGCAGGCCAAGCGGCGCAUCGACGCUGCGUUCGAGUUUAUGGAGCUUCUCGGUCUCCGACUCUUUGCGUUUCAGGACACGGACCUUGUUCCGGAGGGGUACGAGCACCACUGGGACGUCGUGCUGCCGUACCUCCAAGCCAAGAUGCGCGACAGUUCGAUUUGCUGUCUCUACGGCGCCGCCAACCUCAUGGCCAACCGGAGGUACAUGCACGGGUCGGCCACGUCGCCGUCGCUCGGCGUCUACCUCGAGGCCGCGGCGCAGGUCAAGCGCGCAAUGCGCCUCACGCACCUUCUUGGCGGCGACAACUUUGUGCUGUGGAACGGCCGGGACGGACUCCCGUCGCUCGUCAGCACCGACUUGGCCAAGGAGGAUGUUCAUUACGCAAUGUUUUUACGCAUGGUCGUCGAGUACAAGACGUCGCUCGGGGCCACGUUCCAGCUGCUUUUGAAACCCAAGCCCGCCGACCCACUGCAGCCAGCGUACGAUCGAGAUGUGGCGACGACGCUCUGCUUCCUGCUCCGCCACCGCCUUCAAACGCACUUCAAGAUCUGCGUCGCGCCAACGUCCUCACUCGGGAUCGAUCCCAUGCACGAGGUAGCGUAUGCCAGCAUGACCAAAUGCCUCGGCUCGAUCGACUGCAGCAUGGGCGACAGCUACCAAGUGCUCUCGGACGCCAAGCACGCCACGCAGCUCAUGCGCACCGUCAUCCAGCAACAGGGACUGGCGCCCGGCGGUCUCGCGCUCGACAUUCGCGUCCGGCGCGAGUCGACGUCGCUCAAGGACCUCGUCGUCGCCCACAUUAGCGCCAUGGACACGCUUGCGCGCGGGCUGCGCAAAGCGGCCAACAUGUACCUCAAGGGCGAGCUCGACCGCAAGGUGCAGGCGCGGUAUGCGUCGUGGGACUGCCAGCUCGGGCGGCAGAUCGAAGGUCGGGACACGACGUUCGAGAUGCUCUCGACCAAGAGCGCACGGCACGAGCCAUUGGCGUCCGGUGAGCUAGAGACGUUUGACCUCCUCUUCCAGCGCGGUUUGUCUUAAUCGCAUGUCAUAACAUCGUCGCAUGAGGACGUAACAAGAUAGUAGUAGAAGAAGAGGCGGAAGCUCAGUGCAUCGCGUCGCGCUUGCGCUGCCACGACAUUUGUGAAAA